CUUUACUCACAUCAGAGUACAAACAUACAAACUCGUACAACCUCGAACAUGCAAUCCUAUUGAAGCAACACAAAAAACAUGUUUUUCACGAUGGAAUACGCCACCUGACUAACGUAAAAUUGCAGCAUUAGAAGUGCCCUGCCUUCAGUGUUUCAGCAUAUGUACAAAUACUCUUACACCGUAUUCAAAUCAAGCACUUAGUACUGAGUCGUAGCAUUUAGUACUGAUAAUGACACCAGGAGCAUUGUGGAUUAUUACCAUGUCUGGGAUAUGUGUAGUCAUUCAGAGCUCAGUUACAGCAGUUCAUCUGAGGAACAUGGAGCACUUUACAACUGCUGUUACACACUUAGAAGAUUUAAACCCAGGACUAAGUCCACUGGCUUUAGUGACGAAUCUACGCAAAAUUGCAGACCAAAGUGACAAUCUCACACAUGACCUUAUGGGAUCAUCUGACAAUCGAGGUGAUGUUCACUAUGAAAACAACAGCUUUAUCACAGAGCAGAUGAAUAUAAACCACAAUCUCUCCAAUUUCCUGGACGAAGUCACUCAUCAUUUCAUAACAAAUGAUCAUGAUGAGAGAGGAGUUGUUCUGACUCCUGAUGGCACGACGGUUGCCCUUGCUCCUCUCCUUUUAGGUAUUGAAUAUGGGCUACGGGCUAACGAGGACAGUAACCAGCCUCAUGGUUUCUACCUACUCCCACUGGCCAAGUACUUAGGCAUGUCAUUUCUGCAGUUUGGGAAUGCAACUCCACCUGAGCGGCUUGGCCCGGAUGGUUGUUGGGAUAAUGUAUCUGCUCCCAUGGUUUUUACUCUUUCAGGCAUGCCAACCUUGGCCACUGAUGCUCUGGUCCAUGGUGGAAUGGAUGGAGCCAUACUUGGGAAGCAUCUUUCUGUUGUUAACUGCUCUGAAGUAAAUUUGAGCACACUACUGAGGAGCUACUACUUAGAUACUAUGGAAGAGUUGGAUCAUGACUUGAAUACUCAUCUGAGAGGACGCUAUCGCAGACCGAAUUUUAAAAAGAUCACAAAUUUAUCACUGCUUAAAGAGAAAGUAGCAAAUGCACUACAUAGUCAUCAACAAAAAGGAGACCUUGGGGUUGAGAGUCUUAUAGAAAAGGGAAUGAAAGACUUUAUGCUACGUUAUAUGGAGUGUCCUGCCAUCAUUCCAAGAUGUAUGUGGGGAGCAGCACCACCCGUGGUUCCUCUCAACCCUCUGUCUCCACCCCUGCCAUUUCUGUAUAUUCACCACACAGCGAGUCCCAGCAAACCCUGUCGAAACCUUCAGAUGUGUUCCAAAAAUAUGAAGGCAAUGCAACAUUUCCACCAGAAGGGGCGGGGCUGGUACGACAUCGGUUACAGCUUUGUUGUUGGGUCUGAUGGCUACAUCUACGAAGGACGAGGUUGGAUGUCAACAGGGGCUCAUACUAAAGGACACAAUAGUGUUGGGUAUGGUGUUGCUUUUAUCGGGGACUACACUGCUCAUUUACCCGCCCAAUAUGCCAUGGACCUAGUGCACCAUCAUCUGGUCAAAUGCGGAGUGAGCAAAGGAUUUCUGCAGGAGAAUUUGACCAUUCUGGGUCAUAGACAAGUGGUAGCAGGCACAGAAUGUCCAGGGGAGUCACUGUAUUCUGAGAUAACAACCUGGGAACACUACAAAGAAACGGAUCCUUUUAAGUAACAACGAGGACAUCUACUGUCACUGACAUGACAUGACUUAAGGUGCAUGACUGCUUUAGAAGCCACAACAAUGAAACCCACUAAAUAGUAUGAAAAGUAUUCUUAAUUUUAAAUAUACAUUUAGUUUUAAAUAUAAUUUAGAAGUUAAAAGGUUGGCAUUUAAAUGUGAGGUUAUUAGCAUAAAACAGGCCAUUAGCAUUACUCUGUACAUUGGUUGGAAGUCUGUAUGAAACCUUGAAGUGUUACUGUACUGUAUGUAAGUGAGUAAUAUGUUUGCAAAAAUAAACAAGAUGAUCUCUAAUCCUA